ACUCGGUGCUCAUUCGCUGCCAAAACUUCAAACUCAGCUGCUUAAACAAUAACAAAUGAUACAAAAAGUCAAAUCGAAAUAAGCUGAACUUUUAAAAGAAGAAUUCAAGAGAAGAACAAAGGAGAGAGAUACAUAUACAUAUAUACAAUAUAUACUAUAGAGAGAGAGAGCAUUCAUCCUCCUCCUUCUACUUCUCCGGGACAGAACUGCAAUAAUUACUGAAUUAUAACUAUAUUUUAUACUACAUAAAGCUGCAAAAUAUAAGAAUAUACUGCAAAGGAAACUAUUUAUAUAUUAUCGAAAAGCAAAAUUGUAUCGUUUCUACAAAUUCUUAUUAUCAAAGUCUCCUAAUAAUAGAGAAAAAGGAAAAAGAAAGACAAGAGGAAAGAGUGAAAGAUAGAGAAAAGAAAGACUUAGAAUAAUAAAUAAAAUAUUAUCAGAAAUAAUAAAAGAUUUGAAAGAGGAAAAGAUAAAAUAACUUGAAAAGAAGAGAUAAGAAAGCAAAAAAAGAUAAGACUACAUAUAUAAAAAAGAAAACUAUAAAGUUGAUUGAAUAACAAUAAUAAUAAAUAAAAUGAGAAUUCUCAACCAGAAACAGUGGCGUAGUGCAGUUAUUUACAAACAUUGGGAAAAUAUAGAAGAACCUUAUAUUGCUUGGUUGGAUAAUUACGAACAGCUUUCAUUCUCUUCAAACGAAGUAAACAAUAUUGAAAGUGACGACGAUAUGAUUUCGUCUGCUGAAUCUGAACCUCCGAGACUUUUGUCUUGCGGAAUUUGCUGGAAAACCUAUUCUCAGCCAAAAGUAUAUAUAUAUGAUUUUUGUUGCCAAAUAUAGUAUAAUACCUUCUGUAUAUAUAUAAACUAUUUAUACCUUUCAUAACUAUAAUUACACUAUAUCUCAAAUUUAAUCUCUACCUAGAUUCUACCCUGCUUACACACGUUCUGCUCGAAUUGUUUAAUGGAAUACCUUCCAGCCGAAUCUUUAGGUAUUACUUGUCCAGUUUGCCGACAUCAAUCUAUUCUACCGCAAAAUGGUAUUGAAGGCCUACCGAAUAAUAAUACGCUGAUAAAUCUUUUAUCCGGUUCUAUAAAUGAUGAUCAAAUAUUUUGCCCAUCUCAUCCAAAGAAUUGCAUUGAAUUAUACUGCAAUGAAUGCGAAACAGCAAUAUGUUACGAGUGUACUUCGGCCGAACACGAUCAACACGAAUUCGAUACUAUUGCCGAUGCGGUAAAUGAUCAGAAAAAAGAGAUGGUGACCUUGGUCAAGGAGGCUAAGCAAAGAGUUCCCGAGAUUAUGCAAGCACUUAAAACUAUCAAGAAGGUCAAGGACGAACUUGUUGAAAAUCAUACAACUGCCAAAAGGAGCGCAUUAGCCACUUUCGAUCUGAUUUUAAAUAGGCUCCGACAAAGGAGAGACUUAGUUUUGGAGGAUAUUAAAGAGACUUUUCUUAAUAAGGAAAAGGCUUUAGAUUGUCAAAGGUUGGCGCUAGAGUCGACGCUAAAAUCUGUUGAGCAAUGUUCUCUUCUAACUGAAAAUGCUAUUCGAUCAAAUAAGGCACACGCCCUCCUUCUUGUUAAGAAGGAGGUAUCGCCCGAAAUCGUAAGCCUUUGCCGUUCACCCCUACGUUGUUGUCCGGAAGAGAAUGCGUCGUUGGAAUUUGUAGCGCCUCAAUUGAACGGUCUAAACGAAACUCUGGAGUCGUGCGGAGAAGUUCGAACGACAACUGCCGUCGCUAGCGAAUCCAUUGCGGCCGGUUGCGGUCUAAGGAAAUGUUGCGUAUCCAAACCAACAGUUGUGACAGUAACUACAAAAGAUAAGCAAGGUCGAAGAGUUCAAAGGGGCGGAGCCGAACUAAAGGCCACCCUAACCGAAAAGCAAACAGGCUUAGAGCGGAAAUUGCCUAUAUCGGACCUUGGAGACGGAACUUACGAGAUUGAAUACGAAACUUCCAUCCCAGGCCCUCACGUUCUUGACGUGACUCUAUACGGUGAUAGGUUGGCUGGUAUGCCGACAAUCGUCAGCUCUUAUCAGCAAAUAAAUGAACGAGCGUCUUCCAUGUCGAGAAUACCUAGAACUGCUACUGCUCCCGUUAAGCAAAGAGGAGUGAAGCGACCGUCUAGUAGAUCUGUUAGUAUGAUCCAUAGAAGAUCAGAUUCGAAUUUAUACGAUGACGAUUUAAAAUUCUCUAUUGGCAAUAAGGGAAAGAAUAGAGGAGAAUUCGUGAAUCCCCAAGGCGUUUCCUCAACUCCUUCCGGUAGAAUCCUGGUAGCUGAUAGUAACAACCAAUGCAUACAAAGUUUCGGAAUAGGGGGAGAAUUCAAGUCAAGAUUUCAAUGUUCUAAGGACAGAAUUCAAAGAGGUAGGCCAACUGGGAUUGUAGUAGGUUUUGACGGUAAUUACCUGGUUUCGGAUUACGAAAAUCGUUGGGUGGCCUGUUUCUCACCUACUGGGAAUCUAGUGAAGAAGAUUGGCGCUAAUAAACUACUCGGUCCCAAGGGGGUUUGCGUGACUAAAGCUGGGAAUAUAGCCGUCGUUGAUAAUAGGGCCUGUUCUAUUUUGAUAUUCUCGUCAAAAGGAAAAUUGUUGUAUCAAUGGGGUAACAGGGGCAACGCUGAACACCAAUUAGCCGGGCCUCAUUUUAUUGCGUGUACAAAUGACGACCUCCUAGUCAUAUCUGACUUUCAUAACCACUGCGUAAAAGUAUUUGAGCAAGAUGGGACAUUUCGUUUCGCUUUCGGUUCAAAUGGCGAAGGUAAUGGUCAAUUUAACGCCCCAACUGGAUUGGCUAUAGACGGUAAAGGAAAUAUCUUGGUAGCUGAUUGGGGAAAUUCUCGAAUUCAGAUUUUCGACUCCCAAGGCUCUUUCCUCUCCUAUAUAAACACUUCUUCGGACCCUCUCUACGGUCCUCAAGGACUAUGCAUGACCUCCGAUGGUCUCGUCGCCGUUGCUGAUUCUGGUAAUCACUGCGUAAAAGUCUACAGAUAUUUACAAUAAGAUGAAAGAUGCAAGAAUUGAAAGAGAUAUUAAAUAUGGAAAUUAAUAAUCACUCCCAAGAACCUCUUUUUUUUUUUUUUAUUCUUCUUUUCUUCGUUCUAUCCGUUAUCCGUUCCCUUUUUUAUUUAGUAGAGAAAGAGAGAGAGAGAGAGAAAGAAACGGAAAGAAAGAAGAGAAAAGAAACACAUAUACACUUAUGCCAGGUGCACAUACACAAUUCUUAAUUAUGUUAUAUUUCGUUUUCUUCCCUUUCUUUUUUUAUUACUUCCUUCCUUCCUUCCUGCUGUUCUUCCUUCCAAUUUUCUUCUCUAUCUCUUUCGAAUAGAAGAAAAUUGUUCCCAUUAUGAGUGAGAUGCAAUGUACAGUGUGAUUUAAUUAAACAAUUUAUGAAUAUAUUUUAUCUAAUUAUUUUACAACAUCACAUCCGCCUGUCCAUCAAAAUUCAAUUGACUAGAAGAGAUUUUGAGAUUUUUAACCCUAUUAUUUUAACAGAAAAGGGGAUGAAUGACUGCAAUUUGAAGGUUUUUGACUUUUUAUGAAAAGAAGAGGGGGGGAGGGAAAAAGAAAAAAAAAAGAAAAGCAAGGUAUUCCUUCUUUUCAUUGAACUUUGAUAUAGAACAGAUAGAAGUGAAGUUGUAAAAUAUGAAUCAAUCAUGCAUAGUAUAUCGAAUGUCUUGUAUCUAGUCAAAAAGAAAAAAGUUUCGUACCCGGUUUUCUUUUUGUGUUUUUUCUUUUUUUUUUGGCUUUACGGAAACAAAUGUAUUAAUUAAUUAAUUAAUUAUAUAUAUAUAUAUGUAUAUGGAAAUCAAUAAAUCAAUAUAUCUAUAUAUGUAUAUAGAAAAAGAAUUAACCAAAAAUAAAGAAGGAAUAAUAAUGAAUAAAUUAACAUAAAUAAGGAAAGAUAAGGAA